UUUCCCUCACAAAAAGUAGAGAAGCUUACAUCAACUCUAUGCUUUUCACAAAGCUCCAUUCUCACUAUUUGACAGAAGCAGAGCCUAAUAUCCAACUUUACUAAAGUUGUCGUUAUUUAUAGCUCACUAUUUACCUUGCUUUUCUUGGCUUCUGCAUUCAAACCCUCUUUGCUCAUACUAUCCUACAUUGUUUCUUAUUACAUGAAAACUUUUAAGCUGCUCAAAUGCUGGCCUAAUAUGGCCACCGUUUGUGAUACUAUCUCUCAUUUUGAUUCUGUUAAGAACAUCGUCGAUGGAAUGGAUUAUGUAACUAACCCGAAUGUUAAAGAAACCGAUGACGAUGAAAACUCUUUCUUCCAUUUGGUGUUCACAGGGCGCGAUGAACGCCCUAAAGUGGACUCCAACUCGAAGCCUCAUUCUCCAAUUACUGUGCUCAGAUCAUGUACCAAGAUUCGCGUCUUCUUUUUGGGCUUAAAGAAGUUAAAGCCAGAGAAAUCGAGUAUUCAAGAUUCUUCUACGGCCAGGGCAAAGCGUAAAAAACAGACACUUUCGCCCAGGACACAGAGCAACCGAAUCGCUGUAAAACGCAACGUGAAGGAUGUUCCAGUGAUUAGCUCUAUGUUGUCCACUGAUAACAGUUUAAGAAGCAAACUGCAGAAAGAGAAAGAGGCGGAAUUUGAAAGACCUGAUGUGCCCAAAACUAAGUUAUUGAGCUCGCGCAGAAAAUCAUCGGAGGAGAAACAGGGGAAUCGAGUUGCUGUACUUGGGACCGUGCGUAAACAGCUAAGGAAGAGUCGGUCGGCAGCUUCCGUUGCCGGAGUUUCAACAUCGCCGAUGAAUCGCAGAGACGAUUCACUGUUGGAGCAAAAUGACGGGAUCCAAGCUGCUAUUCUUCACUGUAAGAGAUCCUAUAGCACAGCAUCAAAAGAUUGUUCGAUGUUAUUACCAAGAUCUACAUCCGAAGAUGUACCAAGACCUUCAUCCUAUGAAGAGCAAAGCAGAUGGAGCAUUUGAAUAAUCUAUGGUAUCAACACAUUGGAAUAGCGAAAACUGCUAGCAGUAGACUGAGACAUAAUUAUUGUUAUUCUACAUUAAAAAUGUGAUUAUAUAAGUUUCUCUCAAGAGUCUUUGUGCCAAGUGUAUAUAUUUUAAUUUGUUCAUUAAGUUAUACGAUUUCAUUUCCAUGUAAGCUUAUAAAGUAGACAACUUUGUUUAUAAAAAGUAUUUUGCCAAAAUAAUAUUCUAUGGAAAAAAGAAAGAGGUCAUGGUUUGAGACCUCGAAGACAUGGUGAU